GUGUGACAAACUCCAAAUACGUCACGAAGAAGGACCGCUGUUGUGAAGCAUGGAGCCUCUGCGGGUGCUCGAGCUCUACAGCGGGAUAGGAGGCAUGCAUUACGCCUUGAAGGGAAGUGGGAUUCCUGCCACGGUGGUGGCGGCCGUCGACAUCAACACGACGGCCAAUCAGAUCUACAAGCACAAUUUCCCCGAUACCCCCCUCUGGAACAAGACCAUUGAGGGCAUAACACUCGACGUGUUCAACAAGUUACCGUUUGACAUGAUCCUGAUGAGCCCGCCCUGUCAGCCGUUCACCAGGAUAGGACUUAAGGGCGACAUCGCUGACCCCAGAACCAAGAGUUUCCUCUACAUCCUAGACCUCCUGCCAAGGUUGAGCAGGCCGCCUCGCUUCAUCCUGCUGGAGAACGUGAAGGGCUUCGAGAGCUCCUCGGCCAGGGACUGCUUGGUGAAGACUCUCACGGAGUGCGGAUACACUUUCCAGGAGGUCAUGGUCUCACCCACAAGUGUCGGGAUCCCAAAUUCCAGGCUGCGUUAUUUCCUGAUUGCGAAGCUUUCAGCAGAAAACCAAAGCACCCAGAGGUCAAAGACGCCGGACGCCUUCACACCUCCGGCUGAGAGAGAAUCUCCUGAGCAGCUCACGGACUCCGGUCCUCUCCGCCCAGAAGAGGACGUGGAGGGGUCUCGGGUCCUCUAUAAACAAGAGACCACAAAGGAUGCCCAGAGGAAGACGAGUCAGAACAACGACCUGUCAGUCAGGCGGAUCAGAGACUUCCUGGAACCGGCAGUAGAUGAGGAGCACUUCCUCCUUCCUCCCAGGACGCUGCUGCGCUACGCUCUGCUGCUGGACAUCGUUCAGCCCUCAUGCCGGAGGUCCGUGUGCUUCACCAAAGGCUACGGCCGCUACGUGGAGGGAACCGGCUCGGUGCUGCAGAGCUGCGAGGGAACCGAGAUGGAGGCCGUGUUCAGGGGUCUGGACUCGCUGUGUGAGGAGGAGAAACUCCAGAAGCUGUCGCAGCUCCGGCUUCGGUACUUCAGCCCCCGAGAGGUGGCCAACCUCAUGGGCUUCCCCCAAAGCUUCUCCUUCCCGGAGCAGACGUCCACCAGGCAGCAGUUCAGAGCGCUGGGGAACAGCCUGAACGUGGAGGUGGUGGUCAGACUGCUGCACAGGCUGCUGUCCCUCUGACGGGAGGACAGGAGGGCAUCACUGAGGAGACAGGAGGACACCAGAGAGGAGACAGGAGAGGAGACAGGAGGACACCAGAGAGGAGGACAUUUGGUUUAUUACCAAAAGCAAGUCUGGACAAGUUCAAUUUUAGCUUUUUUUUAAUUUAUUGCUUUUACUUACAGAAGGAGAUCAAUAUGUUGCAUAAAAUCCAAAUUCUGCUCCAAAAAUAUAUUUGACCAUCAGAGUGAACAUGACGGCUCACAACCACACCGCUGGGCUGGAGCCCAGAUACUGGACCGCCCACAGAUCCAGGACUCUGCAGGACUCUGCUGACCCACGUUGGGGGAACGGUUCGUGACGUCGUCAAAGAGGAAGUGGAGACGACGUCCGUGUCUUUAGUGUUUCACGUCUCGUUUAAACAUUCAAGAAGAUGUGAAAACAAUAAAGGUUGAAUGCAUAGAUUUAAAAUCACUGAAGCACCGACAGAGAAGAAGAGCGACCCCAGAGCCCUGAAACACACAGGAGCGCAUAGAGACACACACACAUCCAAGUCUCAAGUGUUCAACUUUAAAUACAUUAAAAAUAUAUAUAUAUAUAAUAUUCACGAUUGUGUAAAAUAUAUAAAGAUUCAGUUCUAUUUUAAUUUGUGUAUUUCAAUAAAUAAAAAAUGUUUUUCAUAAAAUAAAAGGAAAAGAAAGUUGA